UAUAUAUUAAAAAGUCCUAGGUAUAAUUCAGUCAAAAAGAAGGGCGACAUUACUCUCUACGCAGAGAUAUCACGUAAAUCUAACGUUAUAGUUUCUAUUAGCACCUAGUGUGUAACAGCGACUCUGGCUAACUUUGCUAACUUCACAACGUGGCAAGACAAGCGCAAUUUCAACAUCAAAAUUGUCAUAGCUUCACAAAAACGGAAGAAUUUAAUAGUUAGUGAUUUUUAGAUAAAAUGUCGCUUUUGAGGAAUCACAAGAUAUUGCGUAUUUUGCUCAUUGUCCUUUCUCAAUUCGCUUACAUUGCUGCUUUGAUUAUCAACGCGCUCGCGGGACAAGGAAAAGGUCCAUUUCAGCGCAGCACUGGAAAUAUAUCCAACAGAUAUCAGACAGAGAUCACUCCUGCAGGAUGGACCUUCUCUAUAUGGGGUGUCAUCUAUUCCUGGCUCUGCCUGAUGAACGUAUAUAUCCUGACCUGGUUCUGUAGAGGGUUGUACUCAAGUCCAGCAAUCCUGCCCUCUGAAUUCUUUCUCUCUUGGAUCAUCAACAUGAUUCUGAACAGCACCUGGCUUGUCUUGUGGGAAAGAGAAUUGAUGAUCCCCUCACUGAUGGUUCUUGCCCUGAUUGCUUUCACCAACUACCUGCUGAUCUUCUUCUCUUGUGUUGGUAUACGGACUCAUGGAUCUUGGCUGAAACGGCACCACCCAAAAGACUUUCUCUGCAUCAUAGUGUUGGUUCAAAAUGGUAUUGCCACCUAUGCAACAUGGAUAACCAUUGCCACACUGCUCAACUUCACUAUUGUGCUGGAUAUGGCAUCAGUUUCCCCAACAAAUGCUGCUACAGCUUCUUUAUGCAUACUUCUGUUGGAAGUAAUUAUAUGGUUUACGGUUGAAAACUUUCUAAUAGAGAAGCAUGUCCGUUACAACCUCACCGUUUACCCUGUGAUUAUCUAUGCUCUAAUUGGAAGCCUAAGCAAGCAUUAUGACCCAGCAGAACCUGGCCGGAACGCAGUAUUUUCAGUGGUGCUCCUUGUGAUGGUCUGUAUUGUGUUAGUGGUGCGGGUGGGUCUGGUGGUUUGGAGACACAGGACUCGGCCUCUCUUCCAUGAAGUGAACCCUGAAGUCCUGAUGUCACCAAACAGCAGCACUGAUCAGUAACCAAAUAUCAUAAACACAUGUGUUUCGCAUGAGUUAUCGAAGAUGACAUGUCCUGAA